AUGAAACGAGGGGCGGCUGCUGCAGCACUGGACUCCGUGCUGGGCGCGGUCACUGCUUGUGCGGAGAAGAAGGGGAAGAUAACAGAAUUCUUCGGCGACGAGGCAUCGUGCGCCAAGGAGGACGCGGAUAACGCGCUUUGCCUAAUGAUCUCGGCGCUGAAGCUUCCAGAGUGCAUCGUGGAUGAUCCGGUCUUCCCCUACUCGGUCCAGUGCUUUGCGCGCGCGGGACCGGGGUCUGUUCCCCGCAAGAGGGGCUACGUUGGAGGGGCGGGCUUGAAGAAAGUGCGGCAGAAAAUGGAGGCAGCGCUCGCCCCCGUUGCCGCCCGCAGGCCAACAUACUCCUUGGGCUUGUGGAGAAAGGAGGGGGGGAAGCAGGUGCUCAAGCCUGCGGGAACCAGGUUCGGGACACAAUACAUAGCCAUGGCCCGGCUAUGUGAGGUGAGGAGUGGGCUGGCGACGAUGGUGCUCAGCGACGAGUGGAAGGUGUGGGCAGCGGGGGACAAGGAUAGGAAGACUGCAGCCGAGAAAUUCAGGGCUGCUGUGAUGGAUGAGGAGUGGUGGGGGGUGGCGGAGUUCUUUUCCUCUCUCAUGGCGGUGCCAUUCAGGGCCAUGCGGGCCACGGACUCUUCCGCGAAAGGCAUGAUGGGUAAGCUGUAUGACAUUAUGCUACAGCUUACCGAGGACAUCAAUGACAAGCUCGACGCUUCAGGCAACUUCUUGACUCGGACAGAGAGGGCAGACAUCACCAAGAUUGUGAAGGACAGGUGGGACAACUCCCUUGCCUGCCCCAUGCAUGUGGUUGGCCGGAUCCUGAAUCCUGCCAACCAGGAGGAGGGAAUUUUCAGGAACGAUGUGGGAAUUUUCAGGCGCGGCAAGGAUGGUGCCCCUCGCCACGCCUCCCUUGUGCUGCAGGAGGCAUUGCUGGCCUACAUCAACUUGGAGGGCAGUUUUGGCAAGCUGAGCGCCAUAGCUGCAAGGGAGGCAGUGAAGAAAGGGGAGAUGAGCAUGGUGCAGUGGUGCCCGUCUCGGCUUCUUCAUGCGAACGUGGCUGGGCGCAGUGGGUACAUUGCGCACAACUGGAACGUUGUGCGCAAUUGGUACAACAAGGAUGGGGCCAGCACGGUUGUGCCCGGGAACAUCCCGGAUGCCCCUAUCCCCCGCGGCUACAACAUGGACGAGGAGGAGGAGGAUGACCUGCUGGGGGGGGAAGGAGAUGAUGCAGUGCUGGCGGAUGAGUAUGGGGAAGGGGUGGUGGUGGAAAAGCCCCGCAAGGAAAUAGGCUCCCUCCCCUCCCCUUUCCCCCUCUCCCCCUUCGCCCCAUAUCCCUCCCCUCCCCUUUCCCCCUCUCCCCCUUCGCCCCAUAUCCCUCCCUCCCUUUUCCUUCCUCCCCCACGUGCAGCAGCUGACCUCGGGGGUUUUCGAGCGAUGCAUCCUGCAUGGCGGCUGGAAGCGCUGCAGCUUGCUGCUGUGCACCACCCACCCGCCAGGGGCUCUCAUGCACCGCCACGGCUACGGGGAGCCACUGGGUCGUCCGCCACUAUGUGGGGCGCUGCCGCAUCAUGA